CCUCUCCCCAACGCGAACUGAGAUCGUGGUAGCACGAAAAACCAAAACCCCAACAAGUCGAAGUUGAAGUGCUCGCGAGAGCGGCCGCGACUGAGUUAUUAACGGAAGGCUGCGUUUCAGCCAAGAAAAAAUCAAAGAAGCUUAAUAAUAGCAAAAGGUGCCCCAAAAGCUAAUACAAGUGAGAUAUAAAAGUGAGAUCUGUGAAAAUAGUAAUCUAAUCAGAUUCGAAUUGGAAAGUAAAGAGGAAGAGGCUGAGAAAAUAGCCGAAGUUCAAGGUGUCGAAGGUGUGCGUGUGUGUGUGUGUGUGUGUGUGCAACAAGUUGUUUAAACUGAAAUUCAAAUAGAAUUCUGUGGAAUUUUUGCAACAAGUAAUUUCUCGGCGCACCUUCGCUUUCAGCAAUUAUCGCGAAUCAUUACGAAACGCGGCGGUAAACAAAAAAAAAAAUAAUAAUAAAAAAAGGUGCGAAAGAGGUGGCGAAGUGGCAUGUAGCGCUAUCGGUCUGGUUCCCAGAAAUAUACACAUAGCUGCAUGUCUCCGCUCUUCAUGUGAUUCGACGCGACUUCUAUUCUAUUCGAUUCGACACGACCUUGGGAAAGCUUAAGGAUCGACUGUAACUUUUAUCGAAACGACACCGAACUCGCCACUGGGACUAGGCGAGGAUAUCAAUAUUUAAGGAAUAUGGAGCCCGGAAUUUUAAUUGAUGAACGACAGCACAUACAGAAGAAAACCUUCACGAAAUGGAUCAAUUCACAUCUCAUCGACACCCAGUGCACGCCAGUGAAGGACUUGUUUCUGGACCUCCGGGACGGACAUCGGCUGUUGGCCCUCCUCAGUGCCCUGACCCAGAAACAGUUGAAACCCGAAAAGGGACGGAUGCGAGUUCAUCACAUCAACAACCUGAACAAGGUCCUCCAGGUGAUCCAGGAGCACGGCGUCAAGCUGGUGAACAUCUCCAGUGACGACAUCGUGGGCGGCAAUGCCAAACUCACCCUGGGCCUCAUCUGGCUGAUAGCCUUGGAGUUCAACGGGCAGCAUCUAGUCAAGAGCCACUCCAGCAACGGCGUGGAGAAGUCCCUGCUGGCCUGGGCGCGCCAGUACACGGAGCCGCACGGCCUGCAGCUCAGCGACUUUUCCAGCUCCUGGGCGGACGGACGGGCCUUCAUCAUGAUCCUCGACGCUCACAUCGAGGAGCUGAACCUGCACUCCGCCCUGCAGCAGCACGCCCUGAAGCGGCUCCACUUGGCCUUCGAUUUGGCGCAUCGGCACUUCAAGAUCGAGAAGCUGCUGGACGCCGAGGACGUGCACACCCACAAGCCGGACAACAAAUCCAUCCAGAUGUAUGUGAUGUGCCUGUACCACGCCAUGGAAUCGAUGCGGGCGAGAGUGCAGGAGCAGGAGCAGGAGCACGAGCAGGACACGGAUCCGGAGAGAGUGCCCUGCACCAGCAUCACGGACUUGGACGAAGUCCCUCUGGACAAUGAUCGGGCCAGCUUGGGCAUCUACACCUCCGACAGUGGCGGCAGCAUGGAGCAGAGGUCUUCGGGCGAACUGAAGGACAAUCCGCUGCGUCCUCUGAGCACGGCCACGAACGCCAGUGUGGAGAUCAGCGGCUAUCAGAGUGCCUUGGAAGCUGUGCUCACCCUCUUGCUCGAGGACGAGCAGCUGCUCUCCCAGGAGCUGCCCGACCCGCAGGACUUCCAAACCGCCAAGCUGCAGUUUCACGAAAACGAAAGCUUCAUGCUGAAACUCACGGAGCACCAGGAGUAUGUGGGGGAAGCCCUCGAGGAAGGUAGCAACCUGAUCAACGAGUCCCAGAAGGCAGGGGUUGGCUUGAGCCAGGAGGACCAGAACGAGGUGCGCCAGCAAAUGGUGUUGCUGAACGAGCGAUGGGAGACCUUGCGGCUCAAGGCUCUGGAUGUUCAGGCGAAGAUCCUGAUGCGGCUGGCGGAGUUUCAGAAACAGAAGCUGGAGCAGCUGCGGCAGUUCCUCACCAAUGUCGAGGAUCGCAUCUCACACAUGAGUGAUAUUGGCCCCACCUUGGGGGAAGCCGAGAAGCAACUCCUGGAGGCCAAGCAACUAAAGUCCGAUUUGAGUGAACAGCAGGAGCUGGUGGACAGUCUGAGCAGCAUGGUCGUUAUAGUCAACGACACCUCAGGGAACUUCAAUGAUCUGGAGGAUCGGCUGAGCGCCUUGGGCGAGAGAUGGUCGCACGUGGUGAAGUGGACCGAUCUGCGGACCGAGAAGCUGCAGCAGUACAAGUGCAUCUCCAGGUGGCUGGACGCCCGCGAGCAGGAUCUCAAGCUCAUGGAGAGCAGGGAUGUCACGGACGUGGGCGGCAUAACCCAGCGCAUCAACGAGCUCAACUACUGUGCCAAGGACCUGCUGGAACUGCAGAGAUACCUCAUUGAUCUGCGCCAGAUGGUGGCCGCCACCCUGCAGGACGGCGACGACAAAGGGGAGCGCGUUCUCAUGCAGCUGGAGAGCUACGAGGAUCGGCUGGACGCCCUGAAGCAGAUCGUGGAGGUGCAAACGGUCCGCAUUGAGACAAAGGGCUUCAACUUUGGACGGGAUCGGGCCAGUUACGACGACAGUCGAGUGGUGCGUCCCGAGGGCUGGGUGGACUACCAGAUGAUCAUCCGAUUCGGCGAGGAGGAGUCCGAGGAGGAAGACGAACACGACUUGGCCAGCAAGAAGCGGAAGCUUCGCAAUGCAGACAACUUCUUUGCCCUGGAGACGCAGAUCAUGGAGCACUUCUCCCACGUCCAGGAGGCGGAGCAGAAGCUCCAGCAGCUGCAGAGACACAGUCUGCGACAACAGUGCGACACUCUCAAGGAACUCCAGGCGGAGAACAGCCGGCGGAGUGUGACGCUGCCGGAGCUGAAGAAGCUGUUCGAAGUGUGUGAACUGGAGGAUCCGUCGAGGAACCUUCUGCUGGAGGGUACCCACAUCAAGCAGCUGGAGCAGCGCUAUGCGGCCUUGGCCCAAAAACUAACCAGCCAGCAGAGCGAGAGCAGCACCCUGCUGGCCAAAGAAAAGUAUUACAACAGUCUGACUGGAUUCAAGCUGGUCCUGGCCGAUUCCAGGGACUGGUACAAGCAGCACGCCGGCUCGGCCAGCUGCCAGGAGCUGGAGCAGCGCCUGAGCCACAUGGAGUCGCUGGCCUCCGAAAUUGCCGAGGCCAAGGCCGCCACUGAAGAGCUGGAUGACAAGUUGCUGGAGUGGAAGCAGGACUUUGGGCUCUUCUACGACAGUUGGCACGACAUGAAGCAGGCGCUGCAGGCUCUCAUCCAGCAGCGAGGAGGGGAGAGCCUUUCCAGGCAACUCCAGCAGCUCCAGGACUUUGUAGCAAAGGUCUCCAGCCAGAAAGUGCGAGUCUCAAACCUGGAGGUCAUGCAGAAGCAACAGCAGCUGCUGAACCAGUUGGUGGACGAGAUGGAGUCUCUUCGGCCGACCUACGACAGUUUGCCGAGACAUGCUCUGAGCGAGGAGCUGCAAACCACCUGGCACAGACUCCCAGAGCAGCUGAACGAGCGGGUGAUCAAGCAGACCACGGCCAUUGAAAAUCUGAAUCACUUUGCGGCGGAGUACAAUGCCAUUAUAGCCGUCUUGCGGAGCGCGGCGGACAAGAAAUUGGAAGGCCUUGUAGGCAGCAGCAGCCAGGACCUCCGCAAACUGGAGAUCGAUGUGAUCAGUGCCCGGAACUUCAGCGAAAUCCUCAUCAAGGAGGCGGAGCCGGCCCAGAAGGAAUCCCUUCAAUCCCAGAUCAGAGCCCUGAAUGCUCUGUACGAGCAGGUGGAGCAAGUCCAUCGGGCCAAAAGGCAACAGCAGACGGCCCUUCAGGGUCAGAUCGAUGUGAUCCAGCAGAGACUGAAGCAGACGGACGAAUGGCUAUCCGAACUGGAGACCAACACUCCAAAGUCCGGGAUAAACGACAUAGCCAACUCCAACGAGCUCUUCCAGUCCAAGUGCCGUUUCCAGACCCUCAAGGAGACCUGCGAACGCGAGACGACACAGUUCCGCGAACUGAACGAACUGGGCGGGGAGUUGCUGCUCCAGAUGGACGAGUUGCAGGACAAGAGCAAGGACUCCCAGUACGGACCUCUAGCCAAGCAGUUCACCCGCCUGAAUGCCCGCUGGACGGAGGUUACUGAGCGAGUCUACGCCAAGACUGCCCUGCUGGAGCACAUUUCCACCCAGCUGGGUGAGUUCAAGAAGUUCAUGGUCAGCGAGACUGGCUAUUUGGACAAGCUGGAGAACAAGAUUCGGAACACGCCGGAGAAUGCAGCCGACGCCGAGGAGAUCAUGGAGGAACUUGAUGAUCUGGAAAACGUAUUGCGCUCGCACUCUGAGGAAUGGCUGGACAAGAUUCAGGAAAUUGGCAAUGAGCUAAUUGGCAACGAAUUCAUGGCCGACUCCAUGCGGCGGGACAUCGACGACAUUGUCCAGAGGUGGACCCAGCUCCAGCAACAGGCCAAAAAUCGCACCGAACUCCUCGAACAGAAGGUCAGCGAGGCGGAGCAGUCCGAGAAGUGUAUUGUGCAGUUCGAGGCCUGGCUGAACCGGGUGGACGAGAUACUCAGCGAGCAUCUGGAGCACGAUGUGACCAUCGAGGAUCUACCAGAGGACUUUCAACGCCUGGCCAGGGAGUUCGUGGCCAACGAGAAAAACUUCAAGGAGAUCGCCGAGAUCAUUGAUGAGCAUACGAGAAAGGGCAAGGUGGGAGCCGCCAAUCGCCUACAGGAGCAGCUCAACCUAAUGGAGCUGAGAUUCAAGGCCUGCCAGGCCAAGCUCAGCAAGUGCACAGCCCCGCAGCCCGCCUAUGAGUCGCGCCUCAAUCGGGCCUACUGUGAUCUCCGGAACGUGGAACGAUCCACUCUGGUCCUGGAUGUGGCAUCAGCUGGUCCCAGUGCGGUGCAGGCCCAGUACCAGAUGUGCCUGCAAAUCUACCGGACUCUGUCGGAGAUCAAGGCGGAGAUCGAGAGCACGAUCAAGACAGGGCGUCGGGUGUGCGAGGACAGAUACACCAAGUCGCCCAAGCAACUGAGCCAGCGGAUCGACGCCCUGAAGCAUCUGUACAACGCCCUGGGGGAGAAUGUCACCCAGUCGAAGGCGUUCUUGGAGAGCCUGAUCACGCUGGCCCGAAAGCUGGAGGAGUGCUUCGAUUCGGCAGACACCCUGAUUCGAAGGUUCGAGUCGCCGCAGGAGGUGCACGACCGGAACUCCAUACUCCUGGAGUUCGAGGAUGUGCUGCAGAAGUGCGAGGAGCACUACAACGAGUACAGCAAGUCCUGUGACCAGACCAGCAUGGUGGACACCCGCCAGAGGAUAGACGGGCUGAAGGCCACCUACCACAAGCUGACCAGUGCGGACAUCAUCAAGAGGCUCACUGAAAUGAAGGCCACGUUGCAAAAUUUAGACAACAUUUCGCUGGAGACCUUAAAGGCAAUGGAGCAUGACCUGAAGGAGAUUAAUGUGCCCUCGAAUCCUGAAAUUGAGAAGUUGCAACAACAAGUGAUUGCAAUUGUCGUGGACGUGCUGAAAACGCGGUUCAAUGAAGCCACAACCCUUGCCACUCGCAACUCCAACUCUCCACAAAAGUCUCCAGUCGGGGACGAUGACGACACGGAGAUAGUUGUUGUUAGCGACACUGUGCGACAACGGCGAGCAAGGACACCCCAGUCCGGAGACUCCGCCAACACUAGCCACUCCGAGUCCCCCACCAAGCCAGCGGAGACUGCCGUUGCAACGGCUGGAGAGCCAGUGAUGCCCGAUGUCCUGCCGCCGCAAACUUUCCGCCUGGCCGAGUCCAGUACGCUCUUCUCCCAGAUAUCCCUGAAUCCCGCCAAAGUCUCCAAGACCCCGCCACCGAAACCGGCCAAGACCAAGCGAAAGGCCCCCAGCACACCCACCCAGGUGGUGGAGAUCAAGGUGAAGAACAUCCAGAACGACAAGAUGUCGGUGCAAAAUAUCGCACUGGAGCCGCUUCAGGGGGAAAUCGUGGACACCGUCAACAUUUUGGAGAGUGUGGAACCAUUCGUCCCCGAGUUUGUGGAGACCGUGCAGAUUGUGGAUCUCUCCGAGGACUCUGACUCUUCGUUGAGAGUCGAUUCCGAGGGCAAGGAGGUCCGCCGCUCGAAGAGCAAGCAUUCGUUGAACGACUCUCCACUGGCCCCGGUCUCGGACGAGGAUGAGGAGCAGGAGGAGGAUCUCCUCCGGCCGGGUGCAAACAAUACCAGUACACCCUUCCUCCGAGUGGAGAAGCACCGCAUCUCCUUCGAUGAGAAGCGCAAGCGGAUAGCCAAUGAGCGGGAUAUUUUGCGGGAUUCCGAGGAGGACGAUCCCAAGACACCGGAUACGCCCCAGGAGACGCAAGUCUCCAAGCCCAAGCGAUGGCGGCAGUUGCAGCCGGAGCUGGAGGCCCUGGACCCGGAGUCCCCUGGUCGCGACAGUUUCUAUAGUCCGGACAAAGAGUCCGGCUUCGAUGUGGAGCCUCUCGUUUUCUCCGACGAUGAGGAUAUCCCUCGUUUUUCCAUGGAAAUGACACCAACCAUAGACUCCGAUAGUGAUACGAGCCGUAUAGAGACACCUUCGGCCAAGAAGCCGGACUCCUUUUUGAGCAAAGUCCUGAACUCGAUGCCCUCGCCAACGGAUGACUCUAAUGUCACCCUCAAGAGCCCUCUCAGUGAGGUGGAGCCCAGGAGCCUAGACGACCGGGUCCGGGAGUUCGACAAGCAGGCCAAGCAAAUGAUCUACAAACUGAAACUGACCAAGGCCAAAAUCGAGCAGUGCCACGAAAGCGAAGCAGAUGACCUGCGAUUGCUGAUAGCUCCAGAUGCGGCUACUUUGAUAUCCCAGGGCGACUCUCUGGUGCUGGAAACCCAUGGGAAGCAGGGCAGCAUAUCCCGCCUGGUGAUGAGGACACAAAUCAUCUUGCGAGAACAGUUCCGCGAAGUUCAGCAGGCCAAAUCAAAGACUUCGGGAAGUGGCGCCCCGGCUCCUCCGUUGGACAGCGUGAAUAUAGAGGAGCUGGUCACCAAGGGACUGCGGCGGAUUAAUGUUCUCAUCGAGAAGCCCGUCGAUCUGAAGUCUAGCGCCGAUCUCGAGAAGCGCAUGGAGGACAUCAAUGAGCGCCACGACGAUUUGCAGGUGAUUGUUAGUGCCAUUGGCAAGAACGCCCAGAUGCCGAAGGUCACGCCCCUCAUGAUGAACGAAAUUGAAAAGACCAAAAACAAUUUGAUUGCUCAUGCGGAUUCCAUUGAGCUCUCGCUGACGGAGCUGAGAAAUGGCCCCCGAAUUUCCAAUGGCAAGGAGCGAGGCAAUGCAUCUUCCGGUGGGGCCACCAUCAGCUGUCGUUCGGACUACAAUAACGAGCCGAGCGGCACUGGGGAGCUGGCUGGCAGCUUCGAUAAGUCGGUGCUGCAGAUAUCCGACUGGCUGACUUGGGAACAAAACAUGAUCAAGAUACAGAGUGUCCUGGUCGACGACGUCGAUGCCGUGCGGCUGGCCAUUGAGAAGCAGGAGAAAGUCCUGCGCGAAUUGAAAAUGAAAAAGCCACAACUCAACGAACUGGUGCACACGGCGGAAGUGCUCAAAAGCGACGUCAAACGUCAGCAGCUGCAGGAGAAAGAGCUGAAACAGUUCUCCUUAGCACCGCACUGUUCAGCGGACUUAGAUUAUAUGCGUUGCUGCCUGAAAGUUACCCGACUGCGAGAACACUGGGACGAGACCUCGCAAUGUGUCCUGCAGCGGGCUGCCCAGCUGAAGAACAUGCUGAGCGACUCACAGCGGUUCGAGGCCAAGCGCGUGGAGCUCGAGAAGUGGCUCACCAGGAUGGAACAGAGAGCCGAGCGGAUGGGCACCAUUGCCACCACAGCCGACAUCCUGGAGGCGCAGCAAAAGGAGCAAAAGUCCUUCCACGCCGAGCUGCACCAGAACAAGCAACACUUCGACUUAUUCAACGAGCUGACUCAGAAACUGAUUGCAGUCUAUCCCAAUGACGAUACCACCAGGAUCAAAAAGAUGACGGAGGCCAUCAAUCAGCGCUAUGCCAACUUGAACAAUGGAGUCAUCAAUCGCGGAAAACAACUGCAUGCUGCUGUCCACAAUCUACAAUCAUUUGAUAGAGCCAUGGAUCAGUUCCUUGCUUUUCUUUCGGAAACGGAAACACUUUGUGAGAAUGCGGAGUCCGACAUUGAACGCAAUCCAUUAAUGUUCAAGGACCUACAAUCGGAAAUUGAAACCCAUCGCGUGGUUUACGAUCGUCUCGAUGGAACAGGCCGCAAACUUUUGGGUUCGCUCACCUCACAAGAGGAUGCGGUUAUGCUGCAGCGUCGCCUCGAUGAAAUGAAUCAACGUUGGAAUAAUUUAAAAUCGAAAAGUAUUGCAAUCAGGAAUCGCCUGGAGUCGAAUUCGGAGCACUGGAACGCUUUGCUUUUAUCACUCCGCGAACUGACCGAGUGGGUUAUCCGCAAGGACACCGAACUGAGUACUUUGGGUCUCGGCCCUGUUCGAGGCGAUGCCGCCAGCCUGCAGAAACAGUUGGACGAUCAUAAAGCCUUUCGCCGCCAAUUGGAGGAUAAGCGGCCAAUUGUCGAGAGCAAUUUAACGAGCGGUCGUCAGUACAUUGCCAACGAGGCAGCCGUCUCGGAUACCAGCGACUCUGAGGCCAACCAUGAUUCCGACUCCCGCUACUUGUCCGCCGAGGAGCAGAGCCGGGAGCUAACACGCAGCAUCCGGCGGGAGGUGGGAAAACUUUCCGAGCAGUGGAACAAUCUAAUCGAUAGAUCUGACAAUUGGAAGCAUCGUCUGGAUGAAUACAUGACGAAAAUGCGUCAAUUCCAGAAGAUCCUGGAGGACUUGAGCUCCCGCGUCGCCCUCGCCGAGCAGACAAAAACAUCCUGGCUGCCGCCCGCUUCGGUGGGCGAGGCCAACGAGCAGAUGCAGCAGCUGCAGCGUCUCAGGGACAAGAUGACCACGGCCAGCGCCCUCCUGGACGACUGCAAUGAGCAGCAGUCCUUCUUCACCGCCAACCAGGUCUUGGUGCCCACGCCCUGCCUCUCCAAGCUAGAGGACCUGAACACGCGCAUGAAACUUCUGCAAAUCGCCAUGGACGAACGUCAGAAGGUCCUUUGCCAGAACGGAGCCCAGCAGUCCCACGAGAACGGCGACGACGGGCGGACCACAUCCAACAGCGGCACCAUCGGACCGCUGCCCAAUCUCGGCCAGAGCGUGAAGCCGCCCUGGGAGCGGGCCACCACCUCUGCCAACGUGCCUUACUACAUCGACCACGAAAGGGAAACAACGCACUGGGACCAUCCGGAGAUGAUUGAACUGAUGAAGGGUCUGGCGGACCUCAACGAGAUUCGGUUUUCGGCUUACAGAACCGCAAUGAAACUGCGUUCCGUGCAAAAGCGAUUGGCCCUCGACAGGAUCAGCAUGGCCACCGCUUGCGAGUCCUUCGACCGACAUGGCCUGCGUGCCCAGAACGACAAACUGAUCGACAUCCCGGACAUGACCACGGUGCUGCAUUCGCUCUACGUGACAAUCGAUAAAAUUGAUUUGACGCUGAUGCUAGACCUGGCCAUCAACUGGAUCCUGAACGUCUACGACUCGCAGCGAACUGGACAGAUCCGGGUGCUCAGUUUUAAGGUCGGCCUGGUUCUCCUAUGUAAGGGUCACCUGGAGGAGAAGUAUCGCUAUCUCUUCCGCCUGGUGGCAGACACCGAGCGCAGGGCGGACCAGCGGCGAUUGGGUCUCCUUCUUCACGAUUGCAUACAGGUUCCCCGACAACUCGGCGAGGUGGCCGCCUUUGGUGGCUCCAACAUUGAGCCUUCGGUGCGGUCCUGUCUAGAGCAGGCUGGUAUAUCACAGGAGGCCAUUGACGGUAACCAGGAGAUCUCCAUCGAGCUGCAGCACUUCCUCGGCUGGCUGCAACAUGAGCCGCAGAGUCUUGUGUGGCUGCCGGUGCUCCACCGGCUGGCGGCAGCGGAGGCGGCCAAGCACCAGGCCAAGUGCAACAUCUGCAAGGAGUACCCGAUCGUGGGCUUCCGAUACCGAUGCCUCAAAUGCUUCAACUUCGACAUGUGCCAAAAGUGUUUCUUCUUCGGUCGAAAUGCCAAAAACCACAAGCUUACACAUCCCAUGCACGAGUACUGCACCACGACCACAUCCACCGAGGACGUGCGUGACUUUGGCCGUGCACUGAAGAACAAAUUCAAGAGUCGCAAAUACUUCAAGAAACAUCCUCGCGUUGGCUAUCUGCCUGUACAGAGUGUCCUGGAGGGAGAUGCUCUGGAGAGUCCUGCGCCCAGCCCGCAGCACACGACGCACCAGCUUCAAAGCGACAUGCAUUCCCGGCUGGAGAUGUACGCCUCGCGUCUGGCCCAAGUGGAGUACGGCGGAACUGGAUCCAACUCGACGCCGGAUAGCGACGACGAACACCAGCUGAUCGCGCAGUACUGCCAGGCCCUGCCAGGCACCAGCAACGGCAGCGCUCCCAAGUCGCCGGUUCAGGUGAUGGCCGCCAUGGACGCCGAGCAGCGCGAAGAACUGGAGGCGAUUAUACGCGAUCUAGAGGAGGAGAACGCUAACCUGCAGGCGGAGUACCAGCAACUGUGCAGCAAACAGCAGAGCGGUACGCCGGAAGACUCUAAUGGCAUGCAGCACUCCAGUUCCAGCAUGACAGGACUCUCUGGCCAAGGCGAGCAAGGACAGGACAUGAUGGCGGAGGCUAAGCUCCUGCGCCAGCACAAGGGACGCCUGGAGGCGCGCAUGCAAAUCCUGGAGGACCACAACCGACAGCUGGAGGCGCAACUGCAACGACUGCGCCAGCUGCUCGACGAGCCCAACGGCGGCGGCAGCAGCGCUACCAGCAGCGGCCUGCCCAGCGCCCCCGGCUCGGCCCUCAACUCCAAGCCGAACACUCUGCAAACCCGCUCGGUGACCGCCUCGCAGCUAAACACGGACUCCCCGGCCAAGAUGAACCAGCAAAAUGGGCACUACGAGCACAAUUCAAAGAACGCUAGUGGCCUGGUGACCGUCAUAACCGAGCAGGAAAUGGAAACCAACAACGAUGAUUUGGACGAGACGUCGAGCAGCACCACCACGAAUACAACAACGACGACUACGACCACGGCAACCACGGAGAAGACUUGCGUGGAAUUGCAAAAAUAACACCUUCGAUACUUAAAUUUCUAAAAAUGAAUGGAAGAAAAGCUGAAAACAACCAAUAGAAUCAAGUGCGGAAAUCAAACUGGCUGGCCUGCAAAAAUUCUAAAUACACAUACCUACUACUACUACCCUAAAGAUAAAUUCAUAUAACUAUUGUGGUACAUUAUUUAUACCUAUGCUAACGAAGAAGUGUCAGGUGGAUAAGAGUUUCGAGCAUACCUUUAGUAGUUAUGAGAAGAUACAAAUCUAUAUAUAUUAUAUACAUAUAUCGAUACAUAAGUUAGUGAAACAUAUUGAAUGCUGGAAAGAAUGCAGAAAAGAUUUAAAGAUUAGAUAAGCGAUAACUUCCACACAUACAUACCUACGAUAUAAUAUUGAGAACACCUAUAUCAUAAAUGCAACAUAAUCAUAAUUGCUAGUACUUGCGAAAUUGUUAUAACUCGUACUAUUUUCAAAAACGAAAAGCUGAUGAGAAAUCAAUUUAAAUAUAAAAUAUAAAAGCUAAGGCGAAACGUAUUUCGGUUUAGCCUCAUAUCAUUUUAAAGCUUAUACAAUAAGCGUGAAAAUGUAAAUUUCUAAGCGAAAUCAGUUUUUAUUUGCAUCCUUAUUUAUUCCGAGUUCUUGUGUAUUAUUUCUUAAAAUUAUUUAAUAUUAAUAUCUGUGCUAACUGAAAAUGUGCUGCAAUGUUUUUAAUUAAAGAACUAUUAUUGAAAACGAGAA